AUGAGCCUCUGGGAACAGGUACCCAAGGAUUAUGGCAAUGAGGAGCUGUGGAAAGGGGCGGACGUGCUGACCGGCGGCUCUGAUCUGUUUGCUCUGCAGUACCUGGUGUGUAAGAGGAAGCUGGAGAGUAAGAAGGAAGCCCUGCUGAUCCUUUCCAAGGAGCUGGACACCUGCCAGCAGGAACGAGACCAGUACAAACUCAUGGCCAACCAGCUGAGGGAACAGCACCAGGCCCUGAAGAAGAAGUACCGGGAGCUGAUCGAUGGAGAUCCAUCUCUUCCCCCGGAGAAGAGGAAGCAGGCUAAUCUUGCACAACUCCUGAGAGAAUCUCAGGACCGGAAUAAGCAUCUGGGAGAAGAAAUUAAAGAGCUCCAGCAGCGUCUUGGAGAAGUUCAAGGUGACAACAAGCUCUUGAGGAUGACGAUUGCCAAGCAGAGGCUGGGGGACGAUGAAAUCGGCGUGCGUCACUUUGCAGCCCACGAGCGUGAAGACCUGGUUCAGCAACUGGAAAGAGCUAAGGAACAGAUCGAGUCUUUGGAGCAUGACCUGCAGGCCUCUGUGGACGAACUUCAGGAUGUCAAGGAAGAGCGCUCUUCAUACCAAGACAAAGUGGAGAGGCUAAACCAGGAGCUGAACCACAUCCUGGGGGGACAUGAGAACCGCAUCAUUGACGUGGAUGCCCUGUGCAUGGAGAACAGGUACCUUCAAGAGAGACUGAAGCAGCUCCACGAAGAGGUCAACCUCCUGAAAUCGAACAUUGCCAAGUACAAGAAUGCUCUCGAGAGACGGAAGAACUCCAAGACCCAGGGCAAGUCCAACAGCAGUGCACUGACCGGAGUCCUGUCUGCUAAACAAGUUCAGGAUUUGCUCUCUGAGGACCACGGGUGCAGUCUCCCGGCCACUCCGCAGUCCAUUUCUGACCUGAAAUCACUGGCCACAGCCCUGCUGGAGACAAUCCAUGAGAAGAACAUGGUCGUCCAGCACCAGAGGCAAACUAACAAGAUCCUCGGGAACCGGGUCGCUGAACUGGAGAAAAAAUUAAGAACUCUGGAAGUUUCUGGUUUGUGGAGUCUUCCGGGAGGCAAGGACACCAUACUGUUCAGUGACCCCACUCUGCCCGCCAUCCAGAAGUCGAGGUCUCCACUGACGAAACUCACUGAGCAGCCCACCGAGAACUCAGUGAGUCCCAAGGAUGGGGCGGUUCAGAAGCAGGAACAAGAUGAAAGGUGUUUCUCCGCCGAGGUGUUGACAGCGCCUGAGGAUGCUGGGAGGCUCGCUGUCAACCCCCCAGCAAAUCCCAGCCCCAGCCCCGGGAGCCCGCUGGAGCACUUUCAUCCUUCAUUAGCCCAGUUACCUUCCGAGGAAGAAGGAGUAAACAGGCUGCGAAGGGAAAUAAUGAGACUGACAAAGGAACAGGCAGACGCAGAACUGGAAGGGGACUGCAGGGAGGGUCUCAAGAAGGGUCAGCAGGAUGAGCCCGGGCCACCUUUGCAGGGCCUGGCCUCCCUGGGAGCGCACCCCAAAUCCUGCCCAGACACCUCCUCUGAGCCCAGCCAGCCAGCGCCUCAAGAUCUCAGGCCAGAAGAUGCCGCUGGGACCCCAGAGGGUGGAGGCCUGAGAAGUGCCCCGAAAACAUGA